GGGCCUGGUCUUACAGUUCAGUGAACUCACAGAGAGAACCAAAGUUAAAAGUUUCUCAGUGGGGCAAAGGGGCCCCAGCAUAGCAGGAAACCGAGUAAGGUCGACAAGCAGCUGGCUUAUAAUGGCUUCAAUUCGUCGCCAAAUCAUCUACACACCAAAAGCUCCUGUGAGGCAGGGAAUAUACAGCCAGGCGGUGAUCGUGGACAGAACCAUGUACAUCUCCGGUCAGCUGGGGAUGGACGUCGCCUCCGGGAAGCUGGUAGAUGGAGGAGUGCAGGCUCAGGCCAAACAGGCACUCAUCAAUAUUGGGGAGAUCCUUAAAGCUGCCGGCUGCGACUACAGCAACGUGGUGAAGACUACUGUGUUACUCGCAGAUAUAAAUGACUUCAACAACGUCAAUGAGGUCUACAAGACAUUUUUCAGCAGUAAGUUUCCUGCCAGAGCUGCCUACCAAGUCGCUGCUCUCCCCAGAGGUGGGCUGGUGGAAAUUGAGGCGAUCGCUGUUCUCGGUCCUCUCUCCGACUCCUGACUACCCGGCUGCAUUACUAACAAGCUGUAGCGCCACCAAUUAUUAUCAUUAUAGGUUCACUGUGGAAGCUUGAUUGUAUUUCCAGAGAACACCUGAGGAGCCACGAAUUUCACCAAAGUCUUUUUCAGUCUUUCAAGAUUUAAAUUCAGAGCAACAUUGAGUUGUUAACACUUCACAGCCUGCUCGUUAAACAGACAGUAGGGAUCCAGUAGGAGUGGACACAACAUCAAGCCUCUUGGCUUCUGGUUUGAUAACUUCACUCAUUAAAAAAAAGAAAAAUGCUGUAACACAUCAGUGUGACAUGUUUGCUUUCAUCCUGCAUCAAAUUAAAACACAGAGAAUA